AUGGUUCGUCUUGGUUUGGCCACGACGCUCCUGGCUGCGGCGUCUUUCGCCCAAGCUGCCCACCACAAGGCUCCCAAGGUCGUCCCUGGUGCCUAUAUCGUCGAGUACGAGGAUAGCCAUGCUGCUUCUAUCCUUAACUCCAUCAAGGGCGAUGCCACCAUCCGCAAGGAUAUUCGCCAUGAGCUUUUCAAGGGUGCUUCCUUCCAGUUCAAGGACCUCGACAAGGCCGAGGACCUGGCCGGCAAGAUUGCUGCCAUGUCUGGUGUCAAGGCCAUGUACCCUGUCCGCCGCUACUCCGUCCCCGAGCACACCGUCCACUAUACUGGCAGCUCCGUCCAGGAGGUUGUCGCCAAGCGUGAUACCGCCAAGGACACCUUCACUCCUCACUUGAUGACCCAGGUCAACAAGUUCAGGGACUCCGGCAUUACUGGCAAGGGCAUCAAGGUCGCCGUUAUCGACACUGGUAUCGACUACCUUCAUCCUGCCCUCGGCGGCUGCUUCGGUGCUGGCUGCUUGGUCUCCUACGGUGCCGAUUUGGUUGGUGACGACUUCAACGGUUCCAACACUCCCGUCCCUGAUCCCGACCCAAUGGACUGCCAGGGUCACGGCACACAUGUCUCUGGUAUAGUGGCUAGUAAGACCAACAACCCCUACGGCAUCAUUGGUGCCGCUUCCGAUGUGACCCUCGGUGCUUACCGUGUGUUCGGUUGCGAUGGUGAUGUCGGUAACGAUAUCCUCAUCGAGGCUUACCUCAAGGCCUACGAUGAUGGCUCUGACAUCAUCACUGCCUCCAUCGGUGGUGCCUCUGGUUGGCCCGAGGACUCCUGGGCUGCCGUCGUCAGCAGGAUCGUCGAGAAGGGCGUUCCCUGCCUUGUCUCUGCUGGUAACAGUGGUGAUGAGGGUAUCUUCUACGCUUCCACUGCUGCCAACGGCAAGAGGGUCACUGCUGUCGGCUCUGUCGACAACAUCAUUGCCCCUGCUCUUCUCAGCGAGGGCACUUACUCCGUCGCCGGCAGCUCCGCUUCGGCUUUCGGCUUUACCGCUGGUACCCCCAGCGCCUGGGCCAAUGUUAGCCUUCCUGUCUGGUCUGUCAACUUCGACACUACCGAUGCCGCCAACGGCUGCGAGGCUUUCCCCGAUAACACCCCUGACCUCUCCAAGUACAUCACUCUCAUCCGUCGUGGCAGCUGCACCUUCGUCCAGAAGGCUCAGAACGCUGCCGCCAAGGGAGCCAAGUACAUCAUCUUCUACAACAACGCCGCUGGUUCUACCAAGGUCGAUAUCAGCGCCGUCGCUGGCAUCCAGGGCUCUGCUAUGGUCACUUCUGAGACCGGCGCCGCUUGGAUCAAGGCCCUUCAGGCUGGCUCCGAGGUCAUUGUCAACAUGGCUGACCCUGAGACCGCCCCCAAGAACCUCAGCAACUUCCCCAACCCCAAUACCGCUGGCUUCCUCAGCACCUAUACCUCGUGGGGCCCUACCUACGAGAUUGAUGUCAAGCCCCAGAUCUCUGCUCCCGGCGGUAUGAUCCUUUCCACCUACCCCCGUGCUCUCGGCUCUUACGCUGUCCUUUCCGGUACCUCCAUGGCCUGCCCUCUUGCUGCUGCCACCUGGGCCCUUGUCAUGCAGAAGCGUGGCACCAAGGACCCCAGAGUCCUCGAGAACCUCUUCUCUGCCACUGCCCACCCUAACCUCUUCAACGAUGGCACCACGACCUAUCCCAUGCUUGCCCCCGUCGCCCAGCAGGGUGCUGGUCUGAUCCAGGCUUGGGAUGCUGCCAACGCCAACGCCCUUCUCAGCAUCUCCAGCAUCUCCUUCAACGACACCGCGAACAUCAAGCCCCUCCAGAGCUUCGAGGUUACCAACACUGGCAAGAAGGCCGUCACCUACCAGCUCGGCCACACCAGCGCUGCUACCGCCUACACUUUCGCAGACGCCAACACGAUCGACCCCGCCGACUUCCCCAACGAGCUGGUCGCGAACAAGGCUACCCUCGUCAUCACCCCCGCCAAGCUCACUCUUAACCCCGGCCAGAAGAAGACCGUCACCGUCCUCGCCAUCCCUCCCAAGGGUCUCGAUGCCAAGCGCCUCCCCGUCUACUCCGGCUACAUCACCCUCAACGGCACCGACUCCACCGGCUACUCGCUCCCCUACCAGGGCGUCGUCGGCAGCAUGAAGGCCGUCACCGUCCUCGACAAGCAGUACAGCUACCUCAGCCAGUCCAGCGACGCCGCGCUCGCGCCCGUCGCCGCCGGCACCGUCUUUACCCUCCCCCCCGCCGGCAAGGCCAACGAGACCCAGUACGCCAACACGGUCUACCCGACCGUCGUGCUCACCCUCGCCAUGGGCUCCGCCGAGGUCCGCGCCGACGUCGUCAACGCCAAGGGCAAGACCAUCGGCCAGGUCCUCACCUUCCCCGCGUACUGGAACCCCCGCGGCACCUUUGAGUGGAACUGGGACGGUGCUCUCUCCGAUGGCUCCUACGCGCCCGCUGGCACUUACAAGAUCACCCUCAGGGCGCUCAAGAUCUAUGGUAACAGCAGGAAGCCCCAGGACUGGGAGACGCAGACUACUGAGAGCUUCUCUAUCAAGUAUGCCAAGAAGAACAAGAGGGAGUUUACUGCUUAA